AUGGUGUUGCUCUCAUGGCAGCACUUAGUGAACAGAGCUAUUAAAUCAGGCCCAUGGGGUUCAUCGAGGCAAGGCAGAGGAGCUCGCACUGCAGUAGACCCUAACAUCAUGAGGCGAGCAUUAUUGGACGCACACGCAGGGUAUUCAGAGGGCGCGCAAGUGCAAGCAGUAGGGAAUAGAACAGGUCGAGCGACAAACAUGCCGGGCCUUACUCCAAGUUCAACUAACACCUGUGGUGGUACUCGAUUAUGCAGAACGAGGUACAACACUACGGCACCGAUGUAUGGGGUCUCUCUCACGUCGGGACAGCCUGUCACUAUUGUGCAGAAGUUUCCCGAUCUACUGCAGCAAGUAGUGUUUGAGGUUUGCGAAUCAAGUGAAUGCUCAGUUGUAAGAGGCACAUGUUCGCAAACCUACGUGCCUUAUUUAUUCUUGGUGCUUCCUCUUGGUCCGGUCACUCUCACUGGCCAAGACUACGUACUAGUGGAAUCUGGGUGUGUCUGUAGACCAGACCCGGCGUCAUAG